AUGGGUUCUCAAGGAAUUAACAGCAGUGAGUUAUCCAAAGGUCAAGCCCAUUUGUACAAGCAUAUGCUAUCCUACGCAACUUCCAUGUCUCUAAAAUGUGCAAUUCAGCUAGGCAAACCAGACAUAAUCCACAACAAUGGCCAAGGCCAAGGCCAACCCAUUACUCUCCCUGAGUUGGUCUCUGCCCUUCAACUUGCUCCAGCUCAAACUGGUUUCCUCUACCGUCUGAUGCGCCUAUUAGUACACUCUGACUUCAGCCAAAAUGAAGAAGAAGUAGAUGCAUAUGGUCUCACACCUUCAUCUAGAUUACUUCUCACUAAUAAUGGUGAUAAAGAGGUCCCAAGCUUGUGCCCCUAUGUUCUUGCCGUGCUUGAUCCUUCUACUGUAACUUCAUUCCAUUUCCUUGGAAGUUGGUUCCAGCAGAAAGAUGCAACUCCAAGUCCACACACCUCCCCGCCUGUUUCCCUUGUUCCUCCUCCUCCAAUCCACACACCUCCUCGUCUAACCUCAGCCCCACCAUCUACAAUAAUCUCCACCUCACCCACACCGCUAGCCAAUAUCCACUGA